AUGUCAUCGAGCAAGAAAAUCGUCAUCCUCUAUGGAUCGGAGACAGGUAACGCGCAUGAUUUUGCUACAAUCUUAUCCCAUCGACUACAUCGCUGGCAUUUCUCCCAUACAUUUUGCUCCAUUGGUGAUUAUGACCCACAGGAUAUCUUGAAAUGCAGGUACCUUUUUAUUAUAUGCUCCACAACAGGCCAAGGUGAAUUACCAAGGAAUGUCAAUGCAUUAAAAGGUGAAAGACCCGUCACGUUCUGGUCGUUUUUAAAGAGAAAGAAUCUUCCGUCGAAUUUGCUCAACCAUAUUCAAACUGCCAUGCUUGGACUUGGUGAUUCAUCUUAUCCUAAGUUUAACUACGGCAUUAGAAAGCUACAUCAGCGCAUUGUCACACAAUUGGGUGCUAAUGAAUUAUUCGAUAGAUUGGAGGCUGACGACCAGGCUAUGGCUGGUAGCAAUAAGGGUACAGGUCUCGGAAUUGAAUCAGUAUAUUUUGAAUAUGAAAAGAAAGUCCUAAGCUUUCUUUUAAGUAAGUACCCCAACAGAAAGGUCAAUGGCCAAAUAAUUAAGAGGGAAGAAUUGGACCCUGAGGUUUACCUAGAGCCAGCAUCCUACCUACAGCUUUCAGACGAACAUGCCAAUGAAAAGUUCACUAGCACCAAGGUUAUAUUCGAAGGUGAUGAAUCGUUAAAGGUUGGCAGAGUUAAUAUAAACAAAAGGAUUACAUCUGAAGGUCAUUUCCAAGACGUGAGGCAGUUCAAGUUUAGUAAUGUGGACAAGAUUCAAGAAAACUAUGAACCCGGUGAUACAGUAACCAUAUAUCCUUGCAAUACAGAUGAGGAUGUUUCAAGAUUCCUAGCAAAUCAAAGCCAUUGGUUAGAAAUUGCGGACAAACCAUUGAAUUUCACCAGUGGAGUUCCUAAUGAUCUUAAGGAUGGUGGAUUAGUUCGCCCGAUGACUUUAAGGAACUUGUUGAAAUAUCACUGUGAUUUCAUGAGCAUUCCUAGAACAAGUUUUUUCUUGAAGAUUUGGACCUUUGCAACUGAUGUAACUAAGAUGGAACGUGGCCAAGAACAACUGAAUGAUCAAAGAGAAAAAUUGCGCCAAUUUGCUACUGAUCAAGAUAUGCAGGACUUAUAUGACUACUGUAAUAGACCCAGAAGGUCAAUUCUUGAAGUACUGGAAGAUUUUAUCUCCGUAAAGUUGCCCUGGAAAUAUGUGCUAGAUUACUUGCCCAUCAUUAAACCAAGGUACUACUCUAUAUCUAGCGGCCCUGGGGAUCCUAAUAUUGAAUUAACAGUUGCGAUAGUAAAAUAUAAAACUAUCUUAAGGAAAAUUCGAAGAGGAAUUUGCACUAACUACAUUGCACGAUUGCAAGAGGGGGAACAGAUAAGGUAUAAGUUACAAAAUAAUCACAUAAUCAAAAAGGAAUUUUUGAAUAAACCUAUGAUUCUUGUCGGACCGGGUGUCGGUCUAGCACCAUUAUUAUCAGUGGUUAAAGCGGAGAUAUCUAAAGAUAUCAAACUCCUCUUCGGUUGUAGAUAUAAAGAUAAAGAUUAUAUUUAUAAAGAUAUGCUGGAAGAUUGGUUCCGUAAGGGCAAAAUUGCCUUACAUUCAUCCUUUUCCAGAGAUGAGGAAAAUUCACCAGGUGUUAAAUAUGUCCAAGACUACUUAUGGAGAUUAGGUGAGGAAAUAACUAAUUUGGUAGUUAAUAAAGACGCCGUUUUUUUCUUAUGUGGCUCAUCAGGUAAAAUGCCUAUCCAAGUCAGAUUAACAUUCAUUGAAAUGUUAAAAAAAUGGGGCAAUUUUAGUGAUGAAGAAACUGCCAAAAAAUACCUGAAAGAAAUGGAAAAAUCUGAUAGAUAUAUCCAGGAAACUUGGUAG